GUCGCGGCGAAGGUAUGUUUAGCUAACCUCCUCGGAUGGGAUCCGAUAUCUUCUAACUAUUAUUUAGAUGUGCCGUCACUUGGUUCCUCCUGAGUCGCGUGAUAGACCUCAAGUUUGGGGUUAUGUGCCCCAGCAUCAGCAAUUACCGCGCGCUCCCUCUUCCCUCUCCGGACUCGCUCUGGAGUGCCAGGACACGAGCUCAGUGGGAAAAUGCCCGCACAAUUCAUAUUGAGCGGAAUAAGUCGUCGCUACGGACCUUUGGGGACCUAAUAGAUGCUCGAUUAAGUCCCCACAACUCAGACCGCGGGCAGGAGCUGAACAGAUGGUAUGCAAACUGCGAUAAGCUGGGGCUUCUCUUAACGUUAGCCACUGCCAUGGUGUAAAUGGGUUCAAUGAUUAUGAAAUAACGAUUAUUACAAGUAGGUAGUUAUAUACUUUCAGUAGUCUAUCUUAUCAACACUCC